AUGGCGCAAAGGCAGCACCAGCAGCGUGCUCCUCCUGCCUCACCCUCCGUCUCUGCCUCUGUUUCAGAGUCCGAGCCCGAGCCCGACGUUCUCCUUCCGGAGAAUGGGCCGACGUCGCCAGUGUCGCCCCUCGCGCCGUACCCGCCCCUCCUGCCCACAGAGUCGCGCUCCCGCGCGCCCGAGUUCUACGGGUUCGUCGCGUGGGCAUCCACGUACCUCCUCUUCGUGCUCUACCUCGCCUGGGCGCUCCUCCCCGACCGCGCAAUCCUCGCCCUCGGCGUCUCCUGGUAUCCCAACCGGGAAUGGGCGCUGCUCGUGCCCGCGUACGGGAUGGUGCUCGUGCUGCUCACGUACUUCACGUACUUUGCGCUCGCGCUCGCCGGCACGCCCGCCUUCGCCGACCUGCGCACGAUCACAGAUUCCAAGGCGCACGUCCCCGCAGACGCCGCGCCCUAUCUCGCGCACGCGCGCCCGGACGCGCUCCCCCUGCAGCACGACAUCCCCCUCGGGCUCGUCAACCGCGUCGUCUACGGCCCGCGCCCACCCAGGGAUCGCCGCCCCGCUCGCCCAGGAAGCGAACACGCCCGAGCCGGGGGAGCCUUUGCGGGAGAGCCUACAGCGGGAGAUCGCGCAGGGCGAUAACGCGCGCUUGUACUUUCGUGGGCGUUCCUAGGCCCGCCGCGGGGCGAGCGAUAGGGUUUGAUAUAGGUAUUGCUGGUAUGACGUGCGCGCAAUAGAAUCCGGAUGGGCAUGGCACGCGGCGGGGCCCACCCUUCGCUGGGCGUGUAUAGGCUAAUCUGGCGAGUGGGACGAGCGCUGCAAUGGGGGAGCUGGGAGCGAGGCAGGCCGUCCCGCGGGCCCGGGCGUGCUCGUUCGGCGGGAUGGUAUCACAGGCAGCCCAUCCGAUGGCCCCGUCGCGUGGCGCGCUUCCCGCGCCCGGGAACGGUCAAUGUAGUGGCAGGGCGUGUGGCUGCAGUAGGAGGAGGACCCGAAGGUUCAGUCAUGCUCAGGGUGCUGCGGGACGGACGCUCUUUGCGCCCGCGCCCUUCUCACUUCUCGAAGACCCACGGACGGGCGAGCGGGGGCCAUGGGACUCGCGGACGCACUCUCAGCUCGGGAUCGGACGGACGGGGGAAUCGGAUGGACGACAGGGUGGGCAGGGCGGGGCGUGCAUGCAUGCUAUUGCGGGAAAUACUGUAAUUAGCCUCUACAAAUACGGAUACGGUAUGUGUGCUGUCGCGGGAGCGGUGUGACUAAUGGUACAGAUGAUGAUGUGAUACGGGCUCGUGCAGGGGCCGACCGACCAGCGCACCAGGCGUGUUGCUGCGUCGAUCGGCGGCGCGGCGCUCUCUCUCGCGUGGGGUUGCGGGAGGCAUGGAAUACAGGGUGGGGCGUGCCGCCACGGGUCGGGCUAUCUCCACCUCGUUGUUGUUGUCGUUCUCGUCGUCGUCAAGACUCGUGCAUACCAAAAAUAAGAACUCGAGAGCGGAGGCAGCGGAGGAUCAGGCCGUGCAGGGCGCAUAGGGAAGCAGAGUGGCAGGGCA